AUGAGAGAUGAAAUUGCAGCAGCAGUUUUCUUCAUCACAAGAUUGGUGAAAAAACAUGAAAAAUUGAAUAAACAGCAAAUAGAUGGCUUUGCAGAAAAGCUGAUGAAAAUCUUAUUUGAAACAUAUAGAGGUCACUGGCACCCCAGUUGCCCUUGUAAAGGACAAGCCUUCAGGUGUAUCAGGACAAACAAUCAGAAUAAUGACCCCUUUUUAAAAAGGGCUUGUGCUGAGAGUAAAGUGAAUUAUUUUCACCUGGGACUUCCAAGAAAGCUGACUGUAUGGGUAGAUCCCUAUCAAGUGUGCUGUAGGUAUGGUGUAAAAAACCAUCCAUUUAUAGUUGCUUUUUUUAAAGGCAGAUAGGAGGAAUGGGAGUUAACUCAACAAAUCAGUUAUGCUGCUACUAGAGCCUCAUUAGACUUCUCCUCUGGCAUGUCCUCUGGUGAAGAAAGUGGUAGCAUGGAAUCUCAGGUCAUCCCUAAAGUAAGCAAUCCCAAGAGUGUCUAUCAGGCUGAAAACUUGAAAUGGCUCUGCCCAUCUUAG